UUCCAACAGAUGGCCGAGGAACUUUCCUCCGAGGGGGUCACGUUGCUCUCUCUCUCUCUUUCUCUCUCCCUCUCUCCUUCUCAACGGACCUGACUACUCCUUCAUUUCUCUCUCCUUUCCCUUCCCCAUAAAGCCAAAACCUCUUUAAACUCCUGGGACAAGCAGUCUCUCAACCGUCAGAGGGCCAAACUUAGAUCUCCUUUUCUUUUUUGCCUUCUCCGCUCCCCAAAGACCAGAAACUUUUUAGUCCUCCACUGUGGGACCAGACCUCCUUCACUCGGCGAGGACAGCGGAGAGAACCAUGCCCUCCGACUUUCUCACGCCUUUCCUGGAACUGGACGAGGAGUUCUUCAAGAAUUUCCGUGGCCUGGAGGCGACAGAUGGCUCGUCAACCGGCUCGCAGCCGCAACCGCAGCAGCACAGUCAGAGAGUCUUGGGCUUCCAGCGUCGCCAUUCUCUGUGCCCCGUGACACUCCCCAACUCCAAGUUCAACAACAACAAUAACAAUAAUAACAACAACAACAACAACAACAACAGCGGCAGCAGCUCUGAGGUGACUAACGCAGCAGACGGCUGGGGGCUCAACGUGGCCUCCAGCCAGGGGUGGAGCGGGGAGAGUCAGCUUCCCCGCUCCACGCUCAGCCACAUCCCCUUCAGGGUCGACCGCUCGGUCAGCAUGAUCGAGGGCAGCGGCAUGGGAGGCAGAGAGGACCAGAUGGCUACCUUGUCCCCGAAACUGGUGCUGCCACCACCGGGCUUCUCCCUCAGCAACGCCUCCCUCUCCUCCAUCGGCUCCCCCUCGGCUUCCAGACCGCUGGCCCCUUCGCCUCACAUCUCCACGCGGUACAAGACCGAACUCUGCCGCACCUUCGAGGAGAGCGGGACCUGCAAGUACGGCGCCAAGUGCCAGUUCGCCCACGGCAUGGACGAGAUGAGAGGCCUCAGCCGGCACCCCAAGUACAAGACGGAGCCGUGCCGCACUUUCCACACGAUAGGCUUCUGCCCCUACGGGGCCCGCUGCCACUUCAUCCACAACGCUGACGAGAUCCUCGACGGCAACGGCGGCGCACCUCCCCAGAAGCAGAAGAUGAGGCCUCCACUGCUGCGCCACAGCUUCAGCUUCGCAGGGUUCUCCUCCUCUCCACAGAGUUUCCAACCAGUUGAGGAGUUGCAGCCUUCCUCCCUCUUCUUCGCCCGGGCCUCUUCCGUCUCCCCUCCUCCUUCCUCAGCGGGGAGCCCGGAACUCCUCUCCCCUCUCUUCCCAAAACCGGGGAACCUGAAGCAUUGCCCCUACCCUUUCUCCGGAAUCCCCGACCUGGAUGCCGGCGAUUCGGCUCUGCGAUUCUACGCCGUGAACGAUUCCGUCGGCACCAGGUGUCCCACCUCCGUUUUCGCCUCCAAAAACCCGAACCUCGCUUACCACCUCCCCCAGCAGCUGCCGGCCUCCUUGAACGGCCUGGCCGGCCUCCAGCGCUGCUCGUCGGCGGACUCCCUCUCUGAGGAAGGCUACACCUCCUCCUGCUCCCUCAGCUCUUCCUCCAGCGGCACAGAGUCGCCGAGCUUCGAGGGCCGACGCCUGCCCAUCUUCAGCCGGCUGUCUGUCACAGACGAGUAGUUUUACUGUAGGGCUGGAUUUACAGUAGGACCGGGGGGGAGAAACAGUCUAAUUGUUUAAGUUGAUGUGACGAGGAUCUGACGUUGGGUUUUGUGUCCGAUCCAGAAACAAGUUCAGAUACAAGCCACAAAGGGUUAAAACAUUAGGUAUUCAGCUCCUCCUUUAAGCUAGCCUGGUAAACGUACCUAACUUUGUGCAUAUUGCAUUCCUCAUCCAAGCAGUUGUAGCGCUGCUCAGUGUUUGUCCAGUUUUAGCUGACUUUUUUUUUCCUUUCUUUUUUGUUUGAUGCUUAUUUUUAUAAAGCUGUUCUUUUAUGCCGUUCUUACUGCUGUAUACUGUUGUAUACCCAUUUUUAGAGGAUACUUCGCAUAGCUCGGCAUUGUGCUAUUCCUACUGGGUGGGUAGGUUCUGUGUGAGAACUUGUCCUGUUCCCUGAUUUUAAGGUGAAUGCUGUUUGCCCUAUGUAUGACUGGUGUGCUAUCCACUUGUUUUUUUUAUCCUUAGCAAUGUGUUUUUUUAACAGAUCAUAUUUUUACUCCUUACAGUUUGUAGUGACGCCAGCCUGCAGCACUUCUCCAGUCAUAUUAGGGCUCUAGCUGUAUGCUGUCACUGAUUGACUCAUGGCUUGGUUGUAUGGCCGUGGCCACGUGAUUGUAUUUGUCAGCCAUUUUUACUGCUUGGCAAGGAUUCAGCUUAACUGCCUUAUAGCAAACAAAAAGUGUAGGCGACCCACUGACUCUCUAGUUACCAAAGUUGAUGUUAGAGUUCCCCCUAACCUACUAGUACUGUUAAUGCCUAGCUUAGUUUAGCUUAGCUUAGCAUAGCCUUUAACCAUGACAGGCAAAACAGUGUUAUGAUUACAGUUGUUAUAGCUUAACACUUUCAUAGACUUAUUUAUUGCUUUUUUGUAUAAUUCGUUCAGUUUUAUUUGUGGUUGUGUUUAUGCAUUGUUUUAGUUUUUUUAUAAUACCAGGGAAAUUAUGCUUUACUUAUGCAUUCAUGAUGUCCAUCUGCUUGGUUUUUACGCUAUCCAGUAGCUUUAAGAAGGCUCGCGGGGAGGAGAGGGAAAAGGAGGAAGAGUAUUAUUAUUUUGGCAUUCUAUAUGUGCGUAUGUUGCCUUAUUGGCUAUUAGGCCUGGCAGAAAUCAGGACUCGCUGAGUUCUCACACCAAAAGCAGCUCCAUGACGUUGGUCCUCUGCUCGGUGUGAGCGCCCAGCGAGUCGCCUCUCCUCUCCGUGAAGCCUCACACCUCUGACUGUAAUAACCUGCUGUUGUCUGCAUACAAAGCAAAGUGGUGGCCUCAGUGUGAGCAUGCGGCGGUCCAUAAAGACAUGUAUUGGUGGGCAGCUAAACACAGCUAUCAAAAGAAAUGUCAAUGUUGGAAAGAUUCCAUCUUCCAAACAUACAUGUUUGAUUUAUUAGGACUGCUGUCAAUCCCUGUGCGCUAUCUUCUCAGUAACAGGUGACCAUUUGUUUAUAGUUGUUGUUGUUUUUUCUAUCUAUCAGAGUUGCCUUGAUGACAAUGUGUUUGUAGGUCGACCUCUGUUGCACGCUAGCUAGCUAGCUAACGCUCCAAGCGGCAGGUGAAAUCAAGCGAGUUCAAAUGAAACCAGGCAAGAUCGGCAUUGCUUGUUUUUUGUCGUGAAGUCAACUCAACCUGCCCCGAAGGAGUCCGGAAACGCUUCUCGUUCGCUCUAGCUAUUUGUUAGCUUGACCCGGCAGCAAGCCGUUUUUUUUGUAACUUUUGUUAACUUAAAGCCUUAUUUAUUUUUUUGUUUUUCGAAGCAAAACCUAUAUUGUGGUGAUCGAUAUGUUGACUUUGUUGUUGUUUUUUUACAUAAUUUAAAUGCAUUUAUUGUUUACAUUCCAUGGGUUAUGUUGAUAUCCUAGCUCUUUAUCUUAAUAUAUUUGUCCCCUUUUAUUUCAAAAUAAAAGUCUUUGAAACGUGA